UAGUGUUCCUCGGGCUCGUUGCUGGAGGAAGGUGGGGGGAGUGGGUGUGAGCGAGACCGACGUGGGCUUGUUUUUCUAGUUGCUUUAUACACAUGAGGGCUUAAAGGGAGAACGUUUCCUUGAUGCACUUUAGGAAGGGAGGAGGAACAAACGCCUGCCGGAUCCCACAACUACAGUAGCUGCGGCUUUUGUUUAUUUUGAGGCUCAAACGAUUGUUCCAUCUACUGUGCAAGAUAGCCCGCGAGGCGCUUCCCUUCUGAAAAUCGAGGCACGUCUCCGAACCAUCUUCUUGAGAAAGCAUCGUUUUCGUGGUGUACAUUUGUGUGAUACUGCAAUUCUUAGGAAACUGUAACCAGGGUCGUGAGAGAUGAUUUUCUAGAAGUGGGUGAUGCCAGAGCCUCUGGAGGAUCCAGACAAGAUCGGGUUUCUUCUGAGUGUAGGGAUUUGUCCUUGAUUUAGUUUUGACCCCUCCAACCAUAGGUGCUGGCUUUGGAUUAUUUUUUAAAACACCAGGAAUGGUGAUUUCUGCCUUUCGGAACCUCAAAACCGAGCAGCUAAAGAGAAUCCUAUGUAAAUAAAGUGAAAUCUCUUCCCUUGUCCUUUUGCAUUUGGAGACUUCUUUAUUUUGCCCUACCCAAGGAGACUAUAACUAGUGCAGUCAUUAUGAAUGUGACAAGUUUAUUUUCCUUCACAAGUCCUGCUGUGAAGAGACUCCUUGGGUGGAAACAGGGUGAUGAAGAAGAAAAAUGGGCAGAGAAAGCUGUUGAUGCUUUGGUGAAAAAACUGAAGAAAAAGAAGGGUGCCAUGGAGGAACUGGAAAAAGCCUUGAGCUGCCCAGGGCAACCAAGUAACUGUGUCACCAUUCCCCGCUCCCUGGAUGGCAGGCUGCAAGUUUCCCACCGGAAGGGACUGCCUCAUGUCAUUUAUUGCCGUGUGUGGCGCUGGCCCGAUCUUCAGAGCCACCAUGAACUAAAACCACUGGAAUGCUGUGAGUUUCCUUUUGGUUCCAAGCAGAAGGAGGUAUGCAUCAAUCCCUACCACUAUAAGCGCGUAGAAAGCCCUGUUCUUCCUCCAGUGCUGGUUCCAAGACACAGCGAAUAUAAUCCUCAGCACAGCCUGUUAGCUCAGUUCCGUAACUUAGGACAAAACGAGCCUCACAUGCCGCUCAACGCCACUUUUCCAGAUUCUUUCCAGCAACCCAACAGCCAUCCAUUCCCUCACUCCCCUAGUAGCAGCUACCCCAACUCUCCUGGAAGCAGCAGUGGUACCUACCCGCACUCGCCCACCAGCUCAGACCCAGGAAGCCCUUUCCAGAUGCCAGCUGAUACGCCCCCACCUGCUUACCUUCCUCCUGAAGACCCCAUGACCCAAGAUGGCUCUCAGCCAAUGGACACAAAUAUGAUGGCACCUUCCCUGCCCUCAGAAAUCAACAGAGGAGACGUUCAGGCGGUUGCUUAUGAGGAACCUAAACAUUGGUGCUCUAUUGUCUACUAUGAGCUCAAUAAUCGUGUGGGUGAAGCGUUCCAUGCCUCCUCCACAAGUGUGUUGGUGGAUGGUUUCACCGAUCCUUCCAACAAUAAGAACCGUUUCUGCCUUGGGCUGCUCUCCAACGUUAAUCGGAAUUCCACUAUUGAAAACACUAGGCGGCACAUUGGAAAAGGAGUACAUCUUUACUAUGUUGGAGGGGAGGUGUACGCCGAAUGCCUCAGUGACAGCAGUAUCUUUGUGCAAAGUCGGAACUGCAACUACCAUCAUGGAUUUCACCCCACUACUGUUUGCAAGAUCCCCAGUGGGUGUAGUUUGAAAAUUUUUAAUAACCAAGAAUUCGCUCAGUUAUUGGCACAGUCUGUGAACCAUGGCUUCGAGACAGUCUAUGAGCUCACUAAAAUGUGCACUAUCCGCAUGAGCUUUGUAAAGGGUUGGGGAGCCGAAUACCACCGCCAGGAUGUUACUAGCACCCCCUGCUGGAUUGAGAUCCACCUGCAUGGCCCCCUCCAGUGGCUGGAUAAAGUUCUUACUCAGAUGGGUUCACCUCACAAUCCUAUUUCAUCUGUGUCUUAAACGGCCUCAGGCUUCUGCCUCUUGAAAACUAUUGAGCCUUGCAUGUACUUGAAGGAUGGAAUCAGACACGAUUGAGAACUGACAAAGGAGCCUUGAUAAUACUUGACCUCUGUGACCAACUGUUGGAUUCAGAAAUAAAAAAGCCUUGGUAACAUACUGUCGAUAUCAAGAACCUGUUUAGUUUACAUUGUAACGUUCUAUGGUAAAAUCAACUAAAAUGCAUACUUUCAGCAGGACUUCGUAUAUAGUUAAAGGAGAGAUGGCCAAGCCAGGGACAAAUUAUCUAUUGGAGAAAUGGUCCUAAGAGAUUCUUUUGUGUUUGGCACUUUAAGGUCAUCAUUUGGCAAAAGUUUAGCAUUAAUAGUCUCUCUGAAGUGUGUUUUUAUCAGGUUUAGGACCCAUGUUGAAUCUUCUUUUCAUGGGUUUUCAUAAUAUUUUAAAACUGUUUGUUUAGUAAUGGUUUUUGUUUGUUUUUUAAGUAAAGUUUAAUCUUGAUGAUAUACAUAGUAAUCUUUCUAAAAUUGUAUGCUGACCAUACUGCUGUCAGAAUAAUGUUAGGCAUAUGCUCUUUGCUAAUUAUAUAUGUACAGAAUAUUUGGAAGUUAAGAAUUGAUUAGACUAGUGGGUUUAGGAGUAUUUGAGGGGGGUGGGGGAGAGGGAAAUGACAACUGCAAAUGUAGAAUAUACGGUAAAGAGUCAGUUUGGUGCUUUCAAGAAACAAACUGAUGUCUGAAUUUUGCUGUGUUUCAGUUUUUUAGAGAUUUUAUCCUACUUUUUUUUUUCCUGUGUCUUCUCUUCCUUCUUCUCCAAAAAGCAGUUAUGCAGCUGGUUAAUUCAUAUAACUGUGAGAGCAAAUGAGUAAUUCCUGCUACUCUGAAAUCGACUGCCUACAUGUUUCAGUACCAAUUGUAUGGAGUGCUUGAAUGUAAUAAGCAGUUUUUAUGGAGUUUACAGAUACAGGCUUUAAUUUUCAAGUGAAUUGUUUGCCAAACCUAGUAACUGUUAAAUAUUUGGAGGAUUUAAAGAACAUCCCUGUUUAAAUCCAUUUCAAACUUUUUAAAUUUUUUUGUACUAUGUUUGGUUUUAUUUUUCUUCUGCUAACCUUUUAUAUUCACUUAUGCUCUCGUACAUUGAGUACUUUUAUUCCAAAACUAGUGGGUUUUCUCUACUGGAAUUUUAAAUAAACCUGUCAUUAUUGCUUA